AUGCCAGAGUACCACUCUGUAUACUCUGAUCGUGGCCGUUUACGUUAUAUCCCCGACCACCUAGAGACCCCCGCAAGGUCUUCUCGCAGUACCUUUCAAGGACGCUACCGCCGACCGCACCGCAUUCACAUUGCAAACGUGGGCCCCGACCCUACCUUACUCCGCCGUCAGCACCGCCGCAUGACUGGCAAGUCGUACAUUACCGAAAAACUGGCGAUUCCACACGAAGGCGCAAAACGUUUCCUGCGCUCCUUUUUCGACAACCGCUUCUCUUCCAAGUCCGAACCCGCAGACAUACCCACACCACGCCCAUCAACCAGCACCACCAGUAGCAACCGCAGCUCGGUUGCCUCGAUCCCAGAAUCAGGGAAUCGCGAGAUGAGGUCGCUCACGAGGAAUUCGGGCACGGGCGCCGUAGGCGCUAUUGGCAGCACAUUGGCCGCCCCCGGCAUGCCCAGACCCUCAGUUGCUGAGUCGCAUUGGUCUUCUGGGCGUGCGUCUGCUAAGAGCAUAAUAAGCAGCGUGAAGCCUGUGCCCGAGGAGAAGCCCGUGGCUUCAGGCGGUGGCCUGAGCGUAAACAUACAGCUUACCGAGCCGGUUCUGUACCUGCGAGGCUUUGAGCAAGCAGAGCACGCUGAGCGGAGUACUGCAAUGCUGCGCGGCACACUAUGCUUGAAGAUCACCAAGCCCGCCAAACUCAAGGCCAUUACCUUGAAAUUCAGGGGGAAAGCAAUCACCAAGUGGCCAGAGGGCAUUCCCCCAAAGAAGACCGAGUUUGAAGAGGUGGACACGCUGAUGAGCCACACUUGGCCGUUCUUCAAUUCUCAAUUCCCGACGGCAGAGAAUGGAACUGGCGCAGAUCACGUGGAGCUAUACAAGAACUCGGGCGGCCUGAGUGGCUCGCCCAACAACUCCUCGCUGAACCUCACGACAAAAGAAGCAAAACGACUAUCGCUGCAAGUGAACCAAUCGCGAAGCUUUGGCAAAGGCGAUACCCCCGGAAGCGGUCCGUCGGUUGCACAAAAAGGUUACAGAACCUUUAAUCCUGGCGAGUACAUGUACAACUUUGAGCUGCCACUCGACAGCCAUCUCCCGGAGACCAUCGACGUCGACCUUGGCUCGGUCAAGUACGAGCUUGAAGCCAUUGUUGAGCGCGCCGGGGCCUUUCGCACAAACCUUGUCGGUACCAAAGAAGUGACUCUUAUCCGUGCUCCUUCCGAAGGUUCACUAGAGCAAGUGGAGCCCAUCGCCAUCAGCCGCAGCUGGGAAGACCAACUACAUUACGAUAUCGUCAUCUCGGGAAAAUCCUUCCCGCUCGGUGCACAAGUACCCAUUGCUUUUAAGCUGACGCCGCUGGCCAAGGUCCAGUGCCAUCGGAUAAAGGUAUUUGUCACGGAGAAUGUCGAGUACUUUUGCAACAACAAGCGUGUACAUCGCAUGGAACCAGUCCGCAAGGUCCAGCUAUUUGAGAAACGUGCAGAUGGCCCGCCGACGAGCACCUUCCCUGGUAGCACCAUGCGGAUAGUAUCUGGCGGUGGUGUUCCGUACGACCAGCGCGCGGCAGCUUCUCGAGGCGAAGACGUACAGGUAGAUGACCCCACCAAUCUUCUUGGUAACCUCGGCGGCGACGCGAAUAUCGGCCCAACCGAAAUGGAGUUCAAUGUGCAGCUACCAAGCUGUCACAACCUCAAAGAGAAGGACAAGUCAUCCAGGUUGCACUUUGACACUACAUACCAGAACAUCCAGGUGCAUCAUUGGAUAAAGCUUGUCAUGCGCCUUUCAAAACCGGACGCAAACGAUCCGACAAAACGAAGGCACUUUGAGAUCUCGAUUGACUCACCCUUCCACAUCCUCUCGUGUCAAGCUACGCAAGCAAAUACCGCGCUACCCGCUUACUCGUCACCUGAACCUGCCAUGAGCGGAGCUCGGAUACCCGAGUGCGGAUGUCCCGAUGCGCCAUCUCGCCGUCCUUCUCCGCCCGGCUUUGUGCCUACUUUGGCUACCAUGGGUCGGCCACGGGGCAAUACAGAACCGCCAAUCCCCACACCUUCACUUACCCGACCGCAAGCAGCACAUAUCGGUGGACCAAAUGAGUCUAUUGUUCAGCGACCCAUCCAUCUCAUGCGCGUACCUUCGUUCAACCCGCCAGCCUUCUCCGAAAUCGAGCCGCCUCCCCCACUCGAAACCCCACCACCUCUAUACGAAACGAUUGCAUCGCCCACCAACGGACUAGCCGAUUACUUUUCGCGUCUGUCAGAUGCAUACGAUUCGGACAGCGACCGUGAGCGUCAUGAUCGAGCGCGUGUUGAAAUCCCGUUGACACCAGGAGGCCGUGCGAACCGCAGCAUGGAUGAAAGGAGGACGUGGCUUCCCGUUGGCCACUGA